GGCAAGAGUGACAUCUCCACAAUGGGGGUGUUGUGUUUGGUAAGAGUCACUGAACACAACCAAAUACAAAGUAUUUAUUCAAUGUCCAUUUAUUAAUUUGUGAGUGUGUGUGUGUGUGUGAGGGAGAGAGAUUAUGACUGGUGGUGUUUAUUGUAAGUGUUUGUUACCUUUUUAGGCCCCUUUAUCAUGUGUAAUGUUGACGUGACAGGGACUGUCACGUCAAUGCGGGACACGUGAGUGCACUGGUAGCAGAAUUGAGAAUUUCAAAAUUAACAUAUUCGUAACAUAUCUAUAAAGAUUUGUGACAGACUAAUUAUAAAUAUGACGAUUGUUUAUUUAUAUAUUUAAAUAAAUGUAUGUUUGGGAAUAGUUAUUUUUUUUGCACUUAUGUCUGUAUCUGAGGCACUUCCGCCCCCACUGUGACGUAUUUCCGCUCCUCUUUACGCUGUGUUUAGCAUUGAGUGGCUAAGAUAAAGAGUAAAGGCGAUUAGCUGUUAUGCUAACAGUAUGAGCGCGUUACGGAAGCUGCUCGUGUACACGGGCGCCGUGACAGCGCUGAUCACCGGGUACGUGUUCUGGAGGAGCCUCGAACCCGGAGAGCAGCGGAACAGAGAGAUACUGAAGAACUUGCCAGAGUCAAAUCCAGCACGGAUGGAGGAGAGCAGGAGGAGGAACGUUCAGAUCAUGGAACUGCUCAAAGAAGCAGCAGAGACAAAUGACAACAUUGCACGAACCUUUGGCAGCCAGAAAUAACCACCCUAUAAACCCCACCCUCCAUGUGGCCCCGCCCACUAACAACACCCGCCGUGUGGCCCCGCCCACUAACUAUUUUAUUUAAGAAUAAAAUGUCUUGUACAGAAAGUCUCAGUCACAGCACACGAAUAAAUAAUCUUUACUUAAAAUGCAGGACGUGUCGACUGGAAAGAAAAUUAUAUAUCAGUUUGAUACAAGAGCGAAUUUUUCCACUUUGUUUUUACGCGCGUGCGUUUUAGUCGUUCAAAAGUGCGUCAUCAGCUGUGUGCUUUAUCUGACCAGAGAAGGACAGAGUCAGUCAAAGCUGGAGGCGUUUAUAUAUAACGUUAAUCAGUGGAAAGCCACAAAGACGGUUAUAGAAGGUGUUUUAGAAAAAUUAACUGAAAAGAAAUCCAGGGAAUUUGGCACUCAUGAGCUUGUACAAUGUUCUGCUAUUCUGUUCAAAUUGUUUACAAGGUUGUUUUGUGUCUGUUUCUCCCACAAAAGCAUGUUCUUCAAAUGAGAACGUAUUACUAUAAGCCCACCCUAGUAGUUCUCAUUAUUUAAUUAGAGACAUUGUUUUAAAGAUGUAUUUAUUGUGAGGAUGUAUUUUAUAUCAUCCCACAAGUAAAAGUUUGUUGGAGGUACAGUAAUAAAAAGUUGUACUACUACUGCAUGUUUCUGCUAUAGUAGUGAACUUAAUGUACACAGAUGUGUGUGUGGCUGUAGUGUAUAUACAGUACUGUGGUGACAUUUAAAAUAAAUCACUUAUACCAGUCAAAUGUCACUAUUCUUAUUACCACAAACUAAAUAUUAAUGCAAACAAUCCAUUCAAUACUAAAUAAAAAUAACAUUUAUUGA